AAUGUCAACCCAUGUUUACAAGCACAUGCUCACAGAUAAGAAAUUUGGUCUUACUGCAAACUUAUUAGCGACUAAAGUCAUGCCGUCCAUCAUUCCCCAUUCCGUCAAUCCGACGCUUAGCGUCGAACAAUUUGAGACAGUGAUGGAUGUUCUAACGGAGAUGCUUGACGUCAUCCACUUUCAAAGGAAGAGUAAAAUGCGAUUGCAAAGCUCUGAAGUUGCUACAGCUUCAUCCGGUGUUAGGUAA